AAUCGCAGCUGACUAUCUAGUGCAUUGCAGUGCUUUGAGCCGCCAAAUCCAGAGACGGAUGCGCAAACGAUUCCUUGAACGCUACGGUCAAGAUGGAUGAUGGAAGUAAUGGUGGCAACAUAAAACAAGAGGCUGAAGUCAACAACAAGAAUCUUAUUAUCAACUACCUACCACAGGCCCUCACAGAUAAAGAGUUCUCACAAAUGUUUUCCUCAGUGGGGGCCAUCAAGCAGUGUAGAGUUAUGAGGAAUAUGCAGACCGGCUACAGCUUCGGUUAUGGCUUCGUGGAGUUCAUCAACCCUGACGACGCCGACAAGGCCAUCGCGUUGCUGGAUGGCCUGCGGGUGCAAAACAAACGGAUCAAGGUGUCGUACGCCAGGCCGCCCGGUCAGGACAUCAAGGACACCAACCUGUACAUCCAGAACCUGCCCAGGUACACCUUGGUCUGCUACUCUGGGCUGCAAUCUCCUCGUCUCCGCGAGCUGACGCACACGAAUUACGAGCACCUGGCAGACAUCCUCAGGUUAAUGGACUGGUCCCUGAUGGAGAACCUCAAUGUUGAAGAUGCCUAUAAGUUCUUCAAAGAGAAAAUCGCCUGGGCUACUGAGGUCUGCUCCAUCAAGAGACAGCCUAGGCCAAAGAGCCUGUACAUGAAACCAAGGGCGACGCAGCUGAACAAAAGUUAG